UCUUUCUCCAAAAUACGUCGAAGUGUCACUGAUAUCGUUUCGUGAACAGAUCGGUGAAAAGAGUCGAGCUGACCUAUCGACAGCGAGAGACACAAUACGUGCUGUAAUACACCACAAUGGGAGCACAUGAGCAGUGAUAGCUGAGUCCUCUCGUACAUUUGUGUAAUAUUGGGAGAGUUGCGUCCCUUCAUCCAUACAUACGUUUCGACUUUUCCAGACCUAAAAGUCGCACACAUGACACAGUGCGGGGAUGAUGUGUAACGACUGAAGAGGGAACUCCGGAAUUAAUGUCAGGUUCCUCUGGAUCCCCAUCUGUACACAUGGAGGGGUGCUGUGACAUAACUAUAACCAGGCACUUAUGGAAGUUCCUGGAAGAUGGGCAUAACCGUUCAGAGAGAUGCCCCGCCGUGGCCUUUAUCCGCUGUGACUGGGCGGAUGGCGGGAGCAAGAACCGUUCUGUCACACAUACUACACGAUGGAAGCUUCAUGUCUGUGCACCGGACACUCAACAAACCGAUGAAAGUGAUGUUUUUCGACUUUUAGGGAGUGACACCUUUACCCACCUGCAUCAUUUUACAGAUAGGUUGUGGAAGGAACAUGACACUGAACUGACUCAUAUUGAAAGAGGUUUGAUAUUCGCAUGUCAACACAGACAGUAUUCUGAGGAAAAGAUGGAUGGAUUCAAGCGAAACAUAUUGGCGUCCUUUCAACAUCUCAUCAAUACACCCUCCACACACAGGAACUAUGCUGUGUCGCUAGAAUUGCUUGAAGAAAAGAGCGGCUAUGACAACGGCGGCAGAACGUCAACGUUAUCAGACACACAGCUAGAGCUACAAAGGAUUGAAGACCGACUUCAAGAACGAAUGUCUUGCGAACUUAGAAACAUGGAAAACCUUGUCCGCACUCUGAUUCAGACAAAUCAAACUUAUAUGGAAGGAGAGGUCCGGAACAUUGCACUGGCUGUACGUUCAGAACCAGAUGAACGUGACGCAAUACAAGUGUCCACUGAAGGGGUUGCCAGUGUACAUGGACACGUCCUUGAAGCCGAUGAACGUGACGCAAUACAAGUGUCCACUGAAGGGGUUGCCAGUGUACAUGGACACGUCCUUGAAGCCGAUGAACGUGACGCAACACCGUUGUCCACUGAAGGGGUUGCCAGUGUACAUGGACACGUCCUUGAAGCCGAUAAACGUGACGCAACACCGGUGUCCACUGAAGGGGUUUCUAAUGUCCAAGGACACGUUCCUGAAACAGAUGCAGGAGCACCACCGAAGGGAGACCCUGCCAGGUCCGGGGGCACCAGUGUUAACGAUCAGCGGGAGUCACCAGUUCCUGAAACUACAGAUAGCUAUCGAGACAACAGAGCUGAGGGAGGUAACGACAACGGGUUAGAAGAAAUGCCUGGUUCUCGUGACGUGGAUCAAAACAUUGUACCAACGACAGGCCUUGAUGAUACAUUGGAGACACAUACAUCAUGGCUGAGUUCGGAGAAUAUCCAGCAAAUGUCACCAAGCGAAAUAAUAAGCAAGAACUAUUAUGAAGCCCAACAACUGCUAACAGCUCUGACCAUAAAUCUCGACGGAUGGAAAAGGUUGACAGAGGCAACUGCACUGGCCCUGGAAGCUGCCCAUCCCACACCUCCAAGAACUAAUUCAGCCGUCACCGUGCUGUGUGUCGAUGUUUCCGAAAGUAUUGGAGAAAAAGGCCUGAGAGAAAUGAAGCAGACGGUCAACAGGUUUAUCGAUGGCAUAGAGACAAUGGCUGAACAGCAGGGUCUGGAGGAGAACAUCGGCUUGGUGGCCAUGGGCGGGGAUGUCACGGUGAUGCAGGAUAUCACAAAUGACUAUGGAAGGGUCAGGGACGCAAUAGAUGACUUGGUUCUGCGAGGGGCGAGUCCCAUAUUCGAAGCUAUUGUUGUUUCCGUGGCAUCAAUCAAGAACAGAGCUGGUAUUCUCCGUAUUGGCGGAAUUCACAAAGUCAAGCCAAGGAUUAUUUUCUUCACGGAUGGUUUUGCAACCAGUGAAGAUCACCCCGAUGGACCAGACUCUGUUAUCAAUGAUUCAAAUUUGAAGGUCCAGAUUAUCCGUCUAACAACCAUGUUGGCACGAGAGAAGAGUGACACGGAUCCACUGAUAUGGGUGCCAGUGGGAAACGCUGAUACGACGUUUCUGUCCUCGUUGGCGAAACUGGGAAACCAAGAAUUGGUCGAAGGGAAGGACAUUCACAGUCUGUGUAGCCGUUACAGGUUACAGGAUACGAUCGCAAAAAUCUACUUAUGCUUGGAGAAGAGCUUUUCUAAAGACAGAGAAAGAACAGAACGCAACAUCGAAGCAGUAGCUGAAGCCUUCAUGGGUGACAUGACUCACGAAGAAAAGGUUUUCGUAAUCAAAGCAGUGACGGAAAAGAUAGAAAAGAAAGAUGGCAUACUACCAGAUGAUGGUCCCAGCGAUUAUGACAAUGUCCUCGAACGAGAGGGGUUACCUCCACUUGGGUCCAGGGUGAUACGAGGACCGGACUGGAAGUAUGGAGACCAGGAUGUGGAAGGGCCUGGAACCGUUGUCAAUCAUGCAAAUGAUCAUCAGUUUUUGUGGGUACGUUGGGAUCUGUACGACAGCAACUGCAGGUACAGAUAUGGGUAUGAAGAACAGUUCGAUGUUCUUCUAGUCGACCAGUCACGACGCCUGGCCGCAAAUGAGCUGAUUGAGAUUGGUGUCAAGGUCAAAAGGGGAACUGACUGGUCAUAUGGAAACCAAGAUGGUGGUCCUGGCGGCCGUGGGAUGGUGAUACGAAAACGGAAGGAUGGGAGAGUGAAAGUGAGAUGGGACAACGGCCACAUCAACUCCUACAAUUUUGGAUCCCAUGGGGAAUUUGAUCUCGAAAUCAGUUCUGAAGAAGACGAAUUAUCUGCUGUUAUAGCAGCGUCCUUGGAAGAAACAGCAUCUCCUUCUAGAGUCCCAGAUGAAGAAGUCAAGGGAACCCUGCAGACAGAGGACAGACCACACAUAGUCUGGCAAUGGAGAGACGAUAGUGGCGUCUGGAGACUGUACACACAUAAGCAGAUAGAAAAAUUGGAGAGGGAUUACAGCCGGACAAGUGCCAGGACUUGCGUUCUUCAGAAAGGGGAUCAGAGCUUUCGUAUCACAUUCAAAGAACCCAUGUCACAGAAGUCAUCCAACGAUGGGAGAAGAUAUGAUGUUCAAAGACUCGCUGUGAGUACCAAGGACCUGGACCAGCUCAUCUCCCAAACAUCAGCUGUAGAAGACGUGGGAUGGAUGUGGGCGGACAAGGAAUAUGUACAGUAGUGGCUGUAUUCAUACUGAAUACGUCCAUAUCGUGACGUGGGAUGGAUGUGGGCGGACGAGGAAUAUGUACAGUAGUGGCUGUAUUCAUACUGAGUACGUCCAUAUCGUGACGUGGGAUGGAUGUGGGCGGACAAGGAUUAUGUACAGUAGUGGCUGUAUUCAUACUGAGUACGUCCACAUCGUGACGUGGGAUGGAUGUGGGCGGACAAGGAAUAUGUACAGUAGUGGCUGUAUUCAUACUGAGUACGUCCAUAUCGUGACGUGGGAUGGAUGUGGGCGGACAAGGAUUAUGUACAGUAGUGGCUGUAUUCAUACUGAGUACGUCCAUAUCGUGACGUGGGAUGGAUGUGGGCGGACAAGGAUUAUGUACAGUAGUGGCUGUAUUCAUACUGAGUACGUCCAUAUCGUGACGUGGGAUGGAUGUGGGCGGACAAGGAUUAUGUACAGUAGUGGCUGUAUUCAUACUGAGUACGUCCAUAUCGUGAACUAAACAGUAGCUCUAUACUGUUAAACUGUACAUGAGGUGACACAGUUGCUGUAUGCAGACUGGAUACGUACAUACCCGGAAUUUUACUCUAGCUGUGUACCGACUGGAUACCUACAUGGUCUGGUGUACAGUAGCUGUAUACUGAUAACAUACGUACAUGGUCUGAUGUACUGUAGCUGUGUACUGAUUGAGUACGUACAUGGUCUGGGGAAUAGUAGAUGUAUACUGAUUGGGUACGUACAUGGUCUGAUGGACAGUAGCUGUAUACUGAUUGGGUACGAACAUGGUCUGAUGUACAGUAGCUGUAUACAGAUUGGGUACGUACAUGGUCUUAUGUACAGUAGAUGUGUACUGAUUGGAUGCGUACAUGGUCUGAUGGACAGUAGCUGUAUACUGAUUGGGUACGUACAUGGUCUUAUGUACAGUCGAUGUGUACUGAUUGGGUACCUACAUGGUCUGAGGUACAGUAGCUGUGUACUGAUUGGAUACGUGCAGGGUCUGAGGUACAAUAGCUGUAUACUGAUUGGAUACCUACAUGGUCUGAGGUACAGUAGCUGUGUACUGAUUGGAUACGUGCAGGGUGUGAGGUACAAUAGCUGUAUACUGAUUGGAUACCUACAUGGUCUGAUGUACAGUAGAUGUGUACUGAUUGGAUGCGUACAUGGUCUGAUGGACAGUAGCUGUAUACUGAUUGGGUACGUACAUGGUCUGAUGUACAGUAGCUGUAUACUGAUUGGGUACGUACAUGGUCUGAUGUACAGUAGCUGUGUACUGAUUGGUUACCUACAUGGUCUGAGGUACAGUAGCUGUGUACUGAUUGGAUGCGUACAUGGUCUGAUGGACAGUAGAUGUAUACUGAUUGGGUACGUACAUGGUCUUAUGUACAGUAGCUGUGUACUGAUUGGGUACGCACAUUGUCUGAUGUACAGUAGCUGUGUACUGAUUGGAUGCGUACAUGGUCUGAUGGACAGUAGCUGUAUACUGAUUGGGUACGUACAUGGUCUGAGGUACAAUAGCUGUAUACUGAUUGGAUACCUACAUGGUCUUAUGUACAGUAGAUGUGUACUGAUUGGGUACGUACAUGGUCUGAGGUACAAUAGCUGUAUACUGAUUGGGUACGUACAUGGUCUUAUGUGCAGUAGAUGUGUACUGAUUGGAUGCGUACAUGGUCUGAUGGACAGUUGCUGUAUACUGAUUGGGUACGUACAUCCAAUUGUACAGUGCUGUCUUUGUAAACGUGGUGAAAUGAACAGCAGUUGUAUACACACUGACCCUGUUCAUGUUCUGAACAUAUAUUUGUAUACUGACUGUAUUUGUACAUUUGUCAUCAUCCUUGGGUUCUUUUUGCAUAUGAAUAAACACGGAUAUUAUCGA